CCUUAUCGCACGCAAUAGUGUAUGUUCUGACGGGGCGUCCGCGUGAUGUUCCAAGAUAACAUAAGUACCGCAACAUUAAAGUCCUGCGGUGAGCUCCAUUCCACGCUCGAUUCGAGGCGGCGUUCGGGCGGCGGAAUUGACCGUCUCACGUGAUCGCGGGGUGUGAUUCCGAUUGGCUGAUCGAGAGCUCUGUUCGUGGUUCGCAGUCGGCGCAACAGUCCAUGCAAAGUUAAGAUGAGUGACGAGCAUGAGGACACGAGUCGGCGGUUCCCUUGGUCUGUCCACCUCAUCCUCCUUUGUAUCCUUGUCGGGCAUGGUUGCCCUUCGCGACGACGAAACCACUCCCCUCGUCAACCACCCGGAGUCAGACAUCGAGGCUGAAACGACUGACCUCUCGGAAACUACUAACACCCUCCCAUCGUCGUCCAAGCGCAACUCCAAGUUUGCAAGAAGAGUAAGAUACUAUGUCCCGUCCACAGCUUGGAUACCCGACUAUUCGCUGUCCUAUCUCGGAGGGGACUUGCUCGCCGGCAUGUCCAUCGCAGCGAUGUUAAUACCGCUCUCAGUCAGUUAUGGAACAUCCCUCGCAAAACUUACCCCCACUGCUGGGCUGUUUGCUGCGUCCAUACCCCCACUCAUGUACAGCUUACUUGGCGGAUCACGUCAGCUGAACGUGGCACCCGAAGCCGCUCUGUCCUUGCUUGUAGGACAGGCGGUUACGGAAUACCGCCACAAUAACCCCAACGAGGAUCCGGAUCACAUAGGCGUCUCGGUCGCCACCGCAAUAGGGCUACAGGUUGGAUUGUUCGCUUCUUUUCUAGGGUUUUUCCGUCUCGGCUUUCUCGAUGUCGUUCUCAGCCGUGCUCUCCUCCGAGGGUUCGUCACUGCAAUUGCUUUGGUAAUUGCCGUCGAGCAACUGGUUCCCAUGUUUGGGCUAACAGCCCUGGAAAACACACUUCAGCCAGAGUCAACGCUGGACAAGAUCAUCUUCCUGAUGGAAUACAUAUGGUCAGAUGCCCAUAAACUGACAACCAUUGUCAGCUUCGGCAUGUUGGCAGCCUUGAUAUUCUUCCGCGCAUUCAAAAAUUACUUCAAAAAUACGUGGUGGAUUUAUCGUCUUCCUGAAGUCCUCAUUGCCGUCGUUUUGGCAACCGUCCUUUCCAAGCAGUUGCGGUGGGACGAAGAGGGAGUCGCCAUCCUCGGCGACGUGUCCGUUCAGACUGGCUCUUAUUUCUUCAAGUUCCCUCUGCGGAAAUCCACACAUCCUUUCAUUCGGGGAACGACAUCCAUUGCUAUCCUGAUUACCAUUUUGGGGUACCUGGAUAGUAUCGUGGCUGCUAAACAGAGCGGCGACCGCUACGGAUACCCGAUUAGUCCUAACCGGGAGCUGGUCGCUCUUGGUGCCGCCAAUCUCUUCGGUUCAUUCGUCCCUGGUACCUUACCAGCUUUUGGCUCGAUCGUCAGGACUCGGAUCAAUGGCGAGAUCGGUGCGAGGUCACAACUCUCUUCGUUAUUCGCAGCCGCCAGUCGUUCUCCUUGCGACUGCUUAUAUGGUAUGAUUGCGCUCUCCAGCAUCGGAGCCUGGACAGAUCUCGCGAUGAUGUUCAUCACGUUCUUCCUUUCGGUCAUCUGGAACAUCGAGAUUGGCCUAGUCGUCAGCUUGAUUAUAUCCCUGUUACUCGUCAUCCGUCGUUCCUCCAAGACCCGCAUGACCAUCCUCGGCCGGAUUCCUGGAACGGAUCAGUGGAGACCGGUGACGGACAAUCCGGAGGCGGAAGACGUUCCUGGAGCACUCAUCGUGCGGAUCCGAGAAAGCCUUGAUUUUGGUGCGCGAGUUCAUACAUUGUGCUUGUCCAAUUCACUACUCACACCUUCCCUUCCACAAGCGAACACCUCUCAACUUAAAGUUCGCCUGCGCCGAUUCGAGUUGUACGGCGUGGAACCAGCUCAUCCCUCAGAUGAACCUCGGAGACAGGCCCCUCGAGUCCUUGUCUUCCACAUGGCAGACGUCGAGACUUGCGAUGCUUCGGCAGUACAAAUCUUCCAUGAAUUGCUCGAGAACUACAAGAGCCGCGGAAUCCGCUUGUUCGUCACGCAUCUCCGCCCUAAUAUUCGCGAGAUGUUCGAAAACGCUGGUGUUGUGGCCAUGUUGGGUGCCGAUGCUUUCUAUGAUACCCUCGGGGAAGCGAUGGCCAAAGUAGAAGGCAGGUAAACGAACGGGAGAUUACGCAACGAUUUUCUUUUCUUUUUUCCCCUCCUUUUACGAUUUGGCGAUCAGUUGUUGGUUUACAACCGGGAUACAUAGGGUUGAGGCUGCACCAUGGCACGAGGAACGGAUAUCUUGACGGUUACUGGGUUUACAUAUACAUACAUCACCUAUGCUGUCGCUGCGCACAUCGUUUGUCAUGACUUUACUAAUCGGUAUAUAUCGACGGGAGCUAGCCUCCCCCUUGCUUGAACUAUAGAACGGUAUAUACAUAUGCUUCGCACUGAAGAUUGGAACGCAA